CGGGCAUUAUUGAGUGCCUGGGUUGGUCCCCCUAUAUAAAGGAGACGCGCCCACUGCUCUGCUCUCACUGCAUUCACGCCAAGAUGAGCUACGGAUCUGAAGCCAUUUCCUCCUCCUCCUACAGGAAGAUUUUCGGGGAAUCUCCCCGUUAUGCGUCCUCUCCAUCACGGACCACGAUGAACGUGUCCUCCCGGGGAGCUUACCGGUCCUCUUCCGGGACCCGGAGCAACGUCUCAUCCAUGGGUGCGUACAACAGAAAGUCCGGCCGCCUCAUGUCGUCGGAGACCUUCGACAUGACCCAGAGCAGCGUCCUCAACAAUGAGUUCAAAAUCGUGCGCACCAACGAGAAGGAGCAAAUGCAAGGGCUCAACGACCGCUUUGCCAUGUUCAUCGACAAAGUGCGCAACUUGGAGCAGCACAACAAAGUGCUGGAGACGGAGUUGUCCGCGCUGCGCCAGCGGCAGACCGAGCCGUCCCGGCUGGCCGAGCUUUACCAGCAGGAGAUCCGUGAGCUGCGCUCGCAGCUCGAGGAGCUGAACGGGGAGAAGUCCCAGCUCGUGAUCGAGAGGGAUUGUAUCGAAGACGACCUGCAGAAGCUCAGGGGGAAAUACGAAGAGGAGUACCGUGCCCGGGAGGGCGCGGAACUCACCCUCAAGGCCUUCAAGAAAGACGUGGAUGACGCCACCAUGGUGCGCCUGGACUUGGAGAAGAAGGUGGAAUCUCUGCUGGACGAGAUCAACUUCCUCAGGAAGGUGCACGAGGAGGAGGUGGCCGAGCUGACGGAGAUGAUCCACGCUGCCCAGGUGUCCGUGGAGAUGGAGGUGUCCAAGCCGGAUCUCACCUCCGCCCUGAAGGAGAUUCGAUGCCAAUACGAGUCCAUGUCGUCCAAGAACAUGCAGUCCGCCGAGGAGUGGUACAAGACCAAGUUCGCCGACUUGUCCGAGCACGCCACCCGGAACAACGACGCCAUCCGCUCCAGCAGGGAGGAACUGAACGAGUUCCGGAGGCAGCUGCAGUCCAAGACCAUCGAGACGGAGAGUCUCAGGGGAACCAACGAGUCUCUGGAGAAGCAGCUCCGGGAGAUGGAGGAUAGGCACAAUGUGGAGAUUGGAAACUACCAGGACAAUAUGGUGGAGCUGGAUAACGACCUGAGGGCCACCAAGGGCGAGAUGGCUUACCACCUGAGGGAGUACCAGGAUCUGCUGAAUGUCAAGAUGGCACUGGAUAUUGAAAUCGCAGCUUACAGGAAACUACUGGAAGGGGAGGAGACCCGCAUCGGGACGGGGUUCAGCUACCCCGGCUCCUCCAUGAGCGCAAGUAUUGGCCUGGGCUACAACUACCAGAGCCGUAUGUACACCAGCUCCGGCAAGAGCUCCAAGAGGGAAGGCAAGGACGAGGACCAGCAGCCGAGCAAGUCCGGAGGCAAGGCGUCCCAGAGUGAAGUCUACGAGGAGACGGUGGUCACCACCACCAACAAGAUGGAGAAGCAGCAGCAAGAGCCCAGCGACAUGCCCACCACUCAGAAAAUGUAGAGCCUCUCCUGUAAACUCGUUUUGCCACCCGUUACCCUGCAAACCCAUUCCACGUUCCAUUCUCCGUGAAUAAAACAAACCCUGAGCCUUUGGACGUCGACACUUGUGGGUCUCUAACGACGAUAGCUCCUUAUUAUGAGCGCAUCGUGAGAUCGCCCUGGUUUUCCAUCUGCACUGGUGUGUGUUGGAUGUCCACAAGUGUGUGUAGACUGCGGGAUCUAGAUGUUUGUUUUACAUGGGGCUGCCCCUCCCCCUCCCAUUUGUCCCUCCCAUUUGUCCCCCCCACGUGUGUGUUCUCCCAAAAGGGAAUUCAAUAUAACUUUACUGUAACCGCUACAAGAUCACGGUGCAUCCGUGCUCUCUCUCUCACUCUCACUCUCUCUCUCUCUCUCUCUCUCUUUUUCUCCUUCACACACUCAACAUCAAAGCGAGCACACUUAAAAUAUAAUAUUCAACUUUGAUAUGUGAUACCGUAGAUAACAACUCUGGUCAUUCACUACACCACCACAAGCUGCGAGGAGCUUUACUCUCAACACAUUCCAAAGGAAGCAUGUGUGUGUGUGUGUGUGUGUGUGUGUGCGCGUCCGCAACAUAAACCGUUAAGUGAGGACACACACGGUCCACAGCCAAGACAAACAAUGAUAUGCGACGGUGUAUUACUGAGACAAUAUUUAGAGUCGGAGUUCCUUAAGCUACACGUGAUCCCCGUCUGACUGCAGUCCAAUCAGUUCUGCAUGGCAACAGCGUGGAAGAUUCUCCUCUUCCACCUCCUUUCUAACUUCCCGGUAAAGUUUCAUUCUCAAAAAAACGUGGAUUCCCGUCGUAUUUAAACCGAGAUUUGAAGCUGAAGAAGUUAAAACAAACGUAUUAAUCGAGCAUAAUUUGCAUGGUGUGUGUAGACGUCAUGCUUUGCAUGGAAUCCAUCGGCCCGUUGCUUAUUUGACACCAUUUUCCUUGUUAAAAGGCCGGCUAAUGCCUUCCCUUUGUACCACCUGCCAUGCUGAGCAUCAUCAUGCACAACACUUAUUCAUAACUGUAAUAGACUUGCUUGUAAGCCUGUGGGUUAUAACUUAUUACUGCAGGAUGUGACUUAGAUAUAGGCCUCGAAAGCUAUGAAGAUAAGAAGUAAAAAUCCACUUUAAUGCACUUAUAAAGGGAAUGUAAAAAAUACCAAAUUUGCGAAACAGUUUGCACAUUAAGUGAAGCAAAGAAUGCUGUAAAGGAGGGACGACGCAGCAUAUUUAGCACAUAUCUACACGAUCCUCUAUGAUCCAUCUGGGUGAAGACGAAUUGUAUGCAUCAUUAAAAAAAAAGCUCAAAGCACAUUUUUUGAGCUCCAGAAUUCAUAUCAUAUCACUCAGCCAGAAGAAAACCAUGACAUCGAUGCUCAAAAUACAGAAAGCUGCUAGAACGCCGUUCCUCUCUACAUAACUGUGGCCAUGACUGGGCAACAUGUCUGUUGUAGCAACGACCUCAACACUAGACAUCUCUUCGUAUGAGAGGCGUGUGGCGUGUUGUUUUUCUGCUUGUGUGCUUUAACACGGCUUCUUCUCCCGCUGCACAUGUGAUGAGAACAAAAAAACUCCUGAUUGUACGGCAGACUGUUGUGGCUUCCCGAUGUUUUACUUGUGAUCGGUAUUUUAGUACUGUAGUGAGUGUGUCUGUGUCUCUACACAGUGGCCUGUUAUAAUUCUGUAGGUCUGAGAUCCAGAGAUGUACAAGAAAUUAAGAAAUACAAGCCACAUUUUAUAAAACACAGCUAUAACAAUGGUUCAUCGAGCCGUUAUCUUUACACUGUAAACCAAGCCAUUCAUUGGUGUCUGGAGAAAUAAACAUCCCUUCUACUCCAACUGCACUGCCACACUUUUCUAAGUACACACAUCCCUUCAGGGGAAGAAGAAGAAGAAAAACAUGCAUUUUCUGAAAAUCUAAUUUGUCACCAGUACGAAACCACCGAUAAAGAUUUAAGCAAAUAACUGUAGGAUGUGAAAUGCCUUAAAAAAAACAGCAGCUUUUUUUUUCUGGCCAUGUGUGUGAUGUGUAUGACUCUGUUCAUUAGGGUGUGUAAUCAUUAUUAUUAUAGAGCUCCCAUGGCUACAAAACCAUAGGGAACGAGUGUAGUUAACAUGCUAUUCUGUUUGAUGUUAUUCCUUAUGUAUUGCUGUUUGACACCAUAUAAUAAAGAUUUAAAAAAUA